GCGCACGCCUGCAGCGCCCUCUUGUGUAUGAUCAUCGUGUGCAAGACAUACUGCGAAAACACAGUUUACUACGCCCGAAUUAAGAGUUAAUAAGAGCAAAACGUGGUGAUCUGCAAACAUCCCCCAGUCAGGUUAAUGAUUUGUGUUUAAAACUCACAAAUCGGAGCUAAGAACAGUGCAGAAAAGCGCAUACUGUGCAAUGCCGAGAGAGAAAAAACAUACAGUUAAGCCAAUGGAGAAAAAAGGAAAAUCUGAUAAAGGAAAAGAUGUAGAAAUAAUUGGAUCAAAAAGGAAACUCAAAGUUAAGUAUACAGUUAAGCCAAUGGAGAAAAAAGGAAAAUCAGAUAAAGGAAAAGAUGUAGAAAAAAUUGGAUCAAAAAGGAAACUCAAAGUUAAGUAUACCGUUGAGACAAUGGAGAAAAAAGAAAAAUCUGAAAAAGGAAAAGAUGUAGAAAAAAUUGGAUCAAAAAGGAAACUCAAAGUUAAGCAAAAGACGAAAGAUUCGACUACUAAAAGAAUAAAGCUAGAAACACAAAGUUGUGGAGCAAGGACUGAAAUUGCAAAACCAAACGCAGGAAGAGUUACACAACCAAAGUAUGUACAAGUAGGACAACCGCUUGAUGAAUGCCUAGAAGAAGAUACCUUCUUUAAUGAAUGGGUAGAGAAAAAUCUUCCCUCUCGUCAUCAAAAAGCAAAGGGUGUUCACUGGAUUUCCGUCGAACGGCGAAACAGUAACGAGGUAUAUGAAACUAAAACCAUGCCUGACAUCAUUGGAUUACACUCUGCAUUUGAUCAUGUUGAUGGUACCAAGAUAGUGAAUACACAAACUUUGAAAAAGCUAGCUAAGAAAUAUUCUUUUACAAGUGGAAAAUGGAUGUUGUUUGGAAAAACGGGACAAGAAAUCGAUCAACUCUGGAGAACUGUUGCAGAUGGUGUAAUAAAGGGAAUAAUUCCUAGUGUCUCUGCAAAAGUUAGUGCUUCAAAUGAAGAAAAUGACAGUCAUGUCAUUUGCAUUUACAAUGACAACUUCCUAAAUGAAUCAGAAGUUUAUGCUCUAAGAGAUGGCAUCUGGAACUCUGGGAUAGAUAAACCGUUAAAAUACAAGGCAGAUAUGUAUACCUGUUUAGGAAUAUACAGCCAGAAUACAUGGGGAAUAGAUCCAGUCCUGUAUCGAGAAGAAAAAGGACAAUGUGAUGAUAUCUUAUUUAACUUAUUAUACGACAAGCAACCAAGUAUAUCCGCUGUAGCUGGAAUCACCUUAACUAAAGAAUCGUCUCCAUUGCUUUCUAUUGCUGGUCCAACGAUGAACAGUGCAGUUCCAAUAACGCUAGGAAUCAAAUCGAUUUCGAACCUAGAGAAAUACGGGAACGAUGACGAAAAAGUCAGACUUUCCAUCCUAUUCCAUGAUGGAAACAUUUGUUUAAAAGGGAUUGCGUUUGGUGCCUCGGCUCGCAAGUGGAAAGAGAUUUUAAACGUUAAAUGCACAUAUAAAAUACGCAGUUACGCAAUUAAGGAGAGUAAUAGAAAAUAUACAAAUACUAAGUAUGAGAUACAUCUCUGGGAAACUACUGUCUUCAAAAAGUUAAAAAAUGGGUAUACUAAAAUACCAAGAGAGAAAAAAAUGAAAAUAUCAGAACUUGAUCAACAAUUUGAAAACUUGUUAGUGUCAACAUCAAAAGUGAUGAUUACUGAAAUUGAACAAUUAAUAAGACCAAAAGAAAAGUUCCUGCGAGAAAUAUAUAUUAAUGAUGCAACAGGAGAAAUAAAGAUAAAGAUGUGGUCGCAUGACGCAGACAAAUUUCCGUACAAUGAGGGCGAGUUUGUGAAACUAAAGUACGUGUCCUUGAGAUACGACAGUUUCUGCCGACAAUGUUAUUUAGAAAAGUCUGAUAACAUGAUCAUUUUGCGAUGUAAUGAAUAGCAAACAGAAACAUGCUUGUGAGAACAUAAACACAACACUGUUAUAUUAUUAUGACUUAUCUAUAUCAAGAAAUGUCAUUAUAUUUUAUAUUUGUACUACUUAAGAUGGCAGCGUUGGUUCCUUUUAUAGCUUACUAAUAUAUGAUAUGGAUUCUGCUGAAGGUCGUACGGUGAUCUAUAGUUGCCUACAUCAACGUAAUUUUAGUAUCUGGUGGAUAUUGUCUCAAUUGCAACCUACCAUAUCUUCUAUUGUGGGUUUUGUGUGGUUCAGUCUUUAGGUUUCCAAGUUGUGUUUUGUGUAAUGUUUUGGGGCUUUUUCUUUUUUUUGACAUGGUGCUUGGUUUUCGACUCAUGAGUUUGAAUGUCCCUUUGGUAUCUUUCUCCUCUCUGUUCUAAUCAUGUAUAUGUUUGUGAUGCUAUGCUGGUUUCGUGAUGCAUCAUCAGAAGGAUCAAAUGCACAUUGAUAUUGGUUAUUGUUCCCCACCCAUAUGGCCGUAGAGGAGUUAUUAGUAUUGCAAAUCUAUAUAACUUUGAAUCUCAUGAUUCAGAGUACAGUUGCAAAUAUUUUUGUUUAUAGUUUCUACACAAACAUUCAUGAAUAUUGAUUUUCUUAAACAAUUUUUCUGUUUUUAUUGAUUUUUCAACUACAUUUAACUUUAUUGCAAAAUUGUGUUGUUAUGAUUAAUAUAUUACAGCUUAGUAAAAACAAAAUAUCCUAACAACUAAAUAGCCAAUAUUCACAAAAAUAAAAUUGUUUGGCCUAUAUCACCUUGUUCCAGAUUCAAAAGUGUAAUGGAAAUAUUGUAGACUAAGUGCUAAUGAGAAGUUAAUGUAACAAAUCGUAUGUAAAAAUAACGCAUUCCCAUUGCAAAUGUCAUAUCUUUGGACGGGUAAGAGAAAAAGGAUAUAUAUAUAUUUUUGCUCAAAAGUAGUACAAUAAACUAAUCACAGAUA